CUCCGUAAUAAGUAGGAAGCCUCGCCCGCCCCUCGCUCGCUCUAUCUCAUCUCAUAAACCACCGCAACACCUGGCGCGCGCUAGCGGACAAAGUCAAUUUCUGCUCCGAUACGCAUCUGGAGUUUUCUUUUUUUCUUCUCUCCGAGACUCCGAGUUGGUCACACACGAGGACUCAGACUCAGACUCGGACUCGGAGCGAGACUCGCCGAGGCUCACUGGCUCACGCGUAAGCAUCGUGGUCGCUCAUUUCCAGAUCCAUUCUUAAUUAGUGGAUGAUCGGAAAUCCAAGGAAAGUGCUGGUUGAAGUCUGGCAUGUGGGGGCGUCAAUACUCAAUGUACAAGCGCUUGCCACCAAGAGAUUAUGCAAAUAUAGUUGACAUGGAAGAAAACUCAGCUCUUCUACAGAACAACAUGUCUCCAGAAACUUCAAACCCUUCAUGGAGGCUUUCUUUGCCGCAUGUAUUAGUCGCAACCAUAACCUCAUUCUUAUUUGGCUACCACAUAGGAGUAGUUAACGAACCACUUGAAAGCAUUUCUGAAGAUCUUGGUUUCAGCGGGAAUACCUUGGCAGAAGGCCUGGUUGUGAGCACAUGUCUGGGUGGUGCCUUUCUUGGAUCCCUACUCAGUGGUUGGGUUGCUGAUGGGGUUGGGCGACGUAGAACUUUUCAGUUGUGUGCUUUGCCUAUGAUUAUUGGUGCUUCUAUGAGCGCAAUAACCAACAAUCUUGCGGGUAUGCUUUUGGGGCGGUUAUUUGUUGGGAUCGGAUUGGGCCUGGGCCCCCCUGUUGCUUCUCUCUAUGUCACAGAGGUUUCUCCUGCCUUUGUGAGGGGUACCUACGGCAGCUUUAUUCAAAUUGCAACAUGUCUUGGACUUAUGGGGGCCCUGUUUAUUGGAAUCCCUGCCAAAGAAAUUGCCGGCUGGUGGCGUAUCUGUUUUUGGGUAUCUACAAUUCCAGCUGCAAUACUUGUUGUUGCCAUGAUGUUUUGUGCAGAAAGUCCCCAUUGGCUAUAUAAGAGAGGAAGAACAGAGGAAGCUGAAGCUGAAUUCGAGAAGCUCCUAGGAGGAUCACAUGUCAAAUUUGCAAUGGCAGAAUUAUCCAAGUCAGACAGGGGAGAUGACAAUGAUACUGUGAGGCUCUCGGAGUUGCUUUAUGGUCGCCAUUUUAGAGUUGUUUUUAUUGGGUCAACCCUAUUUGCUUUACAACAGCUAUCUGGUAUAAACGCUGUAUUUUAUUUCUCUUCAACUGUUUUUAAAAGUGCGGGAGUGCCGUCAAACCUUGCCAAUGUCUUCAUAGGAAUUGCAAAUUUAACAGGAUCUCUUAUUGCGAUGGCUUUGAUGGAUAAACUAGGAAGAAAGAUGCUCCUUCUGUGGAGCUUUUUUGGCAUGGCAAUAUCUAUGGCCCUCCAAGUUACCGCAGCAAGCUCUUAUAUACCAAAAAUUGGAGCUUUGUACCUAUCUGUUGGUGGCAUGCUGCUGUUUGUGUUUACGUUUGCUACGGGAGCUGGUCCAGUUCCAGGUCUCCUUCUGCCUGAAAUAUUCCCCAGCCGAAUUAGAGCAAAAGCUAUGGCAGUCUGUAUGUCAGUUCAUUGGGUGAUCAAUUUCUUUGUGGGGUUGCUGUUCUUGGGUUUGCUGGAGAAACUUGGGCCGCAGCUCUUGUACUCGAUGUUUUCAACCUUUUGUGUAAUGGCCGUGGUGUUUGUGAAAAGAAAUGUGGUGGAAACCAAAGGGAAAUCGCUUCAAGAAAUUGAGAUAGCACUUCUUCCGCAAGACUAGACAUUUCAUAUUUUCUGUUGCAGCAAAUACCUUAAUAUGACAGCCAGCCCUUACCAGGCUGCUGGCAUUGCCAAAUGCUCUGCCACGAAGUAGUGUAUAGUUAUAGAGAUGUAAGUUUGGCAAUGGAUACGUUGCCGCCAGAUUUUGGUGAUCAUCACACGCGCUCCGUGGACUUAUUUUACUGGUGGAUAUAUAUAUCCAUCAGGAUUCAUGUGUUUGCACUUAGACAUGCAUGAUGCUAUGGGAACUUUGACGUCCCAAUGUCUCAGGCUGAAUUCUAUGUAAAAAUAAUGUCUCCCGAUAUAUAUAUGAUAUGAUAAAAUUGGGGUUUAUUUCA